AUGGACGACAGGAAGAAGAAGCGGAGCCCCAAGGCGUGCCUGGCGCAGCCGGCGCCCGCCGGGACGCUGCGGAGGCUGCCGCUGCCCGCCAGCAAGAGCACCUCCUUCGCGCUGCCGCUGCCCCACCUGCCCUCGCCCAAGCAGCGGGCCAAGCUCCGGCGGACGAGCAAGGAGAAAGGGCGGGUGGCGGCGGCCGGGGGCAGCGCGGGGGUGGCGCUGGGGGCCCCGCUGCAGCACAGCUUCCUCACGGACGUCUCCGACGUCUGCGAGAUGGAGGGCGGGCUGCUGAACCUCCUCAACGACUUCCACUCGGGCAAGCUGCAGGCCUUCGGGAAGGAGUGCUCCUUCGAGCAGCUGGAGCACGUGCGGGAGAUGCAGGAGAAGCUGGCGCGCCUCCACUUCGGCCUCAACGUCUACGUGGAGGAGCUCUCCGAGGAGCAGAAGAAGACGGUGGCCGACAGGAACCUGGACCAGCUGCUGAUGAACCUGGAGGAGCUCAGCAACUCCAUACAGAAGCUGCACCUGGCGGAGCACCCGGAGCCUGAGGACGUCGCCUCGGCCUGACUGCUGUGGGCCGCCACCAGCCCGCCGCCCUCAUGCCCCUGCCAGGAAGCGGCGUGGUGGGGACACAGCCCUGUGCUGAGACUGG